UGUAUGACAUCACUUUUGUAUCAUGGGAAAUGGGACAGCUUAAUAUGCAAAUGAACAGGAAGACUUUAUAAUUCGGUUGUGUGAGUGGAAACCGCUGCCUCUCAUCCUGUUCAAGACAUUUACUACAGCAGAUCUUGCAGGUGCUCAACAGGAAAUCUGGUGUCUUAUUUUCAGUCUUCAAAGUCGAGCUGACAGCUAUGAAACUCAUUUUGCUGUGUAUUUUUGGCUUCAGUUUAGAUUUUGCCGCUAAAUGCCAAGAGAAUCUUUAUGGAUUGAAAGGAAAAUCAAUCCGUCUGAGCAUCAGUCUCAGAAAUCAGACUAAAGUUGUAUGGCGACGAUUCAACAGGAAAGAGUUGCUUGCAAACUCAGACGGAGUUCCCCCUGACUAUGAGAAAAGAAUGAAAUUAAACUUCUCAGAUUGGUCUUUGACAAUACACAACCUUGAGGGAAAUGACAGUGGACUAUACGAGGCCCUUACAAACUGGGAGCGAGACACAGUUGCUGCUUUCGCACUUACAGUGGAGAACAUUGUCUCUGAGCCCGUAAUCGUAGUGACUCCCUAUGAUGUUAAUUCGUCUGCUGGAGUGUGUCGGGCCACAGUGAACUGCUCUGUUGAUGGCAGCUGGGCCACGUAUGACUGCGACCAAAGUCUCUGUGAGAAGAAGACAAAUGCCUCCAUCAACAUCACUGUCACUGUACUGGACAGCAAAGGUUUCCAGUGCCACGUAAACAACAAUGUGAGCAAGAAUCAUUCUCGGGCUGACAACAUUAUGUGCCAUGAAAAACUGCAAAGUGAUUUGCCCUCUCCACCACACUUUAUCUCUUGGAUCGCCGUCACCGUUGGUGCCAGUGUUGUGUUGGGUUUGUUUAUUGGUUUGAUUGUAUUAAUUGUCAAGAAAAGAGAGUCUUCAAAAGUUUAUCCACAGUCCAGUCAUGCUGUGACAGGCCGCAGCAUCAAUACAGUGAUUGAACAGCAUGAAACGAUCUACAGCACAGUGCAAAAACCAGACGCAUUCCAGAAUCCUCCAGUAAACAACGACGACAGCAACAUAGAAGGGACUGUCUAUGACAUUCCAACACGACAUCACAAGGCCUGUCAAGUACACAGUGUGGUGGUAGAAAAUCAGGAGCAACAACGAUCUGGACACGACAGGACUGUUAAAGUAAAAGCUACAGUACAUCAGGCAGCAGAACCCGACUCAGAACAAAUGAACACGGUUUACUGCAAACUAGGAGAAAUAUGACGCACCGAUACUGUACACGUCAGAGACGUCACCUCAGUGGUGACUUAAACCACAGAAGAUCCUUGUGAGAAGAAAAACUUGUACAUUUUGUGUGUUUUUUUAUUACUGAAUAGAUUAAUUGGCGCUCAGUUAAGCAUUUAUAUGAUCACUGAUGGAUGCUUACUGCAUAUUGUGCAAAAUACACUGUAUGCUGCCAGCUAUUUUUAUUAAAAUAGUAUGUGAAACAGUAUGCAUUACACUCUUAAAAAUAAAGGUUCCAAAAGGUUUUUUUUUUAGCAAAGCAAUUCAUAGUUUCCAGUCAUGUGACUGGCACAGAGACCUCGGAGAGGUCUGUCAUUUUUCCAUCUCAAAAGAAGAAAAACAAAAAUAUGCAAAAAAAUGCAAGUUGAACCAUAUACAUCACCUGCUGCAGUGUUUCAAUCAAUAAAACAGCUGGAUAUUCUAAAAAACUUAGCACUUAUGCACCAAAACAUUGAUAUCAAAUUCAGUAUUGAUGAUGCAUACUACAUAUAGGUGAGCAGAUGAGCCCAGAAUAGGAACACGAUGUGUUAAAUGUUUAAGCAUUUUCUUUUCUAUGUGUUUAUAUUCUGGGCUCAUCUGCUCACCUGUAUAUAGUAUGGAUCAUCAAUAAGGUGUAUAUUGAAUUUGGUCUUUUAAUAUUACUGUCUUAGUACAUUAGUACCUGGUAAAAAUGACUGUUUUGCCCUCCAGUUGGGCAUUUAAAUAAGGCUGUGAGGUCAUGUGAAAAACUAUCAAUAGAAGAACCGUUGGGUUUUCCAAAGAACCUUUCAGUGAUCAGUUCUUAAAAGAACCAUUUAUUCUUAAUGUGAAGAACAUUCUAAAAAUCAGAAGAACCUUUUUUUUUUCAAUUUAAGAACCUUUUGUGGAAUGGAAAGGUUCUAUGUAUUUUAAAGGUUCUUCAUGGAACCACCAAUGCCAAUAAAGAACCGUUAUUUGUAAGAGUGUGUGCGAUGAUAUAUAUUCAAAACAGUCCUAUAUUGUUGUCCAGUGACCUCAUUGUGUAGCAUGUUUAAUCCAGCAAGUUAUCCCUGAAAAAAAGCUAUUUUUUUUUUUCACUUUUAAUUCCAUUUUGUGUAAUAAUGUUAUAAUUGUUUUGAUCAAAUAAUGAGUCAAGGAACAAAUGUUAAAAAUCACAGCACGUGCCGUCCAUAGUUCAUUCAUCACACUUGCACAUUUUGGCAAAUGCAGUAGUUGGUCAUUCAAAUAUUUAAUGCAAACAAAAAUUGCAUACUGUGCACAGUAUUGUUACUGUUAUACAUAAUCAUGGAGGCUGCUGUAUUACACAUUCUCUCACUCGCACUGUGUGAUGUUUAAUAUUUCUUUGGUGCUCAGGUUUGAAUGAAUCUAAUCAUUGCUCAUUACAGUCCUAUAUGAAUCUGGGGGUGACAACUCUUUAGUUAUGAAUGGAGAUGAAAUAUUUUAAUGUAAUACUAAAGUUUUAUUUUUGUAAAAUAAAGGCAAUUUUAGAGUAA